AUGCAGAGAGCAUGUGAAAUGGUUGUAUCUUUAUUACGAACAGAUUCCAUGACUCAAAAAUGUCCAUUCCAUGUUUUGAAUGUUCAAAUUUUGGAGUUAUUACAAAAAGAAGGUCUUAUCAGAGGUUUCUCUAUUAAAGGCACAAAAAUAGAUAUACUACUAAAGCAUUAUAAAGGAGCACCAGUCAUUAGAAAUAUCCGGGUUGUUUCAAAACCUAGUCGAGAUAUUUGGCUAACUCCCCAUGAACUUAAAUUUCGGACGAGAUUUAACACAGGCCUUUGGGUUAUGCAAACUAGCUGUGGUGUUAUUAGUCAUAGGGAUUGUAUUCGAAUGGGAAUAGGAGGGAAAAUGUUAUUUGCUGUAAAUAAUGGUUAUCAACAUUUUUGUUAA